CUGAAGUUACUGUACUAGCUCGUGAAGAACACAUUGAGUUAUUGAAAAUCGGAUAACUGGACGCGUCCGUUUGCGUCUUUUCGUUACUUCUAAAUUGAUGGCUAAUAGGAAAAGAACUGAUGUCCUGGAUCCAGAUUUCACUGUCAUCAGACGACAAAUAUCUAAACUUAUGAAACAAAGCAUUUCUGACUGUAAAAGCUUUCUCUUAAUGUUGAAAUCAUUGUUUCCUAGUUCAAUAAAGUUAGAAAUGAUUGAGUUUGAACUUAUGCAAGAGUAUGGUGAUGCCACCUCGGCUGCUGAGAUUCUUUGUCGUUUGUACCAAACUCAAAGGCAUUUCGACGUAACGCAGAUCGAACUUCUCAGCAAGAUAGUUAAGGAUCCUGCUGAAAAAGUGUGUUGUGAUAUAUUUUCACGCCUUACUGCACCACUACAAAAGGAUUUAGCAUUAUCUUACUUCAAGCAGGUGUCUGACGACCUGAGAAGAGCUGACAGCAUUAUUUCUCUAUUAAAUUUGAAAGAUAUAGUCUUCCAUCCCCAAGUUUUACCCACACUUUUGGCACUGGCUAAUCAAAGCCUCAUAGACGGUGAGCAUUCAAUGCAUAAGAGUAAUCGAAUACCAGCCAGCAGUGAAAUAAAGUCCCAUUCAUCACCGAUUGAUAAAUGUGGAACUUUAGUAAAGAAUGAGAACUUAGACGAAGGUGAAGAGGGAGAGGUAAUAGGAUGUGAUGAUGAGGAUGAAUUCGCAGAUGAACUUGAUAUUCCAAUUACGGAGAACGGAGUUAAUCCUUGGACUGAUGUAUCUAGUUCAGUACUUAAUGUUUAUCGUUUCAAAAUAGCUUAUGAGUUGCUUCCAUUAGCGCACAAGGCUAGUACUUCUUCGAAAAUAGAUAAAAAUCUCGCCUACAAAAUUUCUGUAACUUCAAUCAAUUUUCUGGUCACGUACAUAACUCAUAUUCCACCAAACCCAUCUAUCGAAGGAUUAGAAACAAGCGAGUUUUCAGCUAAAAAGGAUCCGAAAACUUACAUAACAGACUGUUUAAAAAUGGCUGGGCAUUUACUACAAUGGCCUGUUAAUACCUUCGAUUUCAUAUCUAGUAAAACCGUAGCUUAUCUUGUACAGCAGACUAAAAGUUUGUUUUGGGAGGCUAAGUCUUCAUGUGAUGGCAUGUUCGCAAAAAGAGACUCGCGAUCUGGUCGUAGAAUGUCGUCAUCAUUCUCUCCAAAUCAUAAGUCCCAUGGCAUAAUUUUUCAAGCGCUGUUUAUGUUUUGGUACACAUUUGUUGAUUUGAGUGCGUCUUAUUUGCACAAAGUCCACAACAGGAUCUUUAACUGUUGUGUGGUAAAAACCACUUCAUAUGGAGUCUCAUACUUACCUAUCAAUCUAGAUGUCCUAUUCAAGUCAACUCCCGACAAAGAUGUUUCUUUUGAAAAUGAAGAGAUGGUCCUUUUGAGCCACGCACAUGAAGUUUGGAAUCUUCGUGAAUAUUCUUCUACUUCAUGUUCAUUUGGCAGCAAGGAAAUUGAUUCAUUGGAUAAUGUUCAUCCAUAUGCCAGUGAAUCAUCCGAAACCAAAAAAGAAACACUGUUUGAGCAAAUUAUUCGUUUACAUUUUGCCUUAAGUGGCUUAAAUAAUAGUCCACAGGAGAUAAUAUGGGCUUGCCACUUUGUCAACAAAUGUAACGACCAGUUAAAGUCGCUUUCAUCCUCUGAUUGCAGCGUAUAUAAUAGUGCCGAGCUUAAGCUUAUAUCGUGGAUUCUUCAUAUACUUUUAUUAUCUAACGACCACGAAAAGUGUAAGCUAUUGAGCAGGUCAGAUUGUUGUAAUGGAUUUUGGGAUGAAUUCCUCCAUGAGUUCAAAUCACUAUUAUUAUCAGUUAGCCAGAGUAGAGAAGCGAAAAUCCGCAUCCAAAAUAAUUGUUUUCUCGUACCACUUACACGUCGCUGUAUAAUUUUUAUUGUGUCAAAAACAAUAGCAACUUGUUUGUGUACUAUUUCUCGACAAACAACAAACCCAACUCUUGCCGUUAACUGUGCUUGCUUGGCAUGUGUACUUUGUCAAGUUGAUGGAAGGUUUGGUGAUUAUUUUCAUCCGGCUGCUCACUGGCCAUGUCUGUUUCCAUACUUCUCGGAAAUAAUACAUGCUCACUGGGUCGAUAUACGAGAGCGUUUUCUAAACUGGAUCAUCUCCCCGCAUGCAUUCAUUUUCGAUGUUGAUUUGUUAAAUACUAUUUUCCGAUUGGAAUCUAACGUCGGGAUGGGUACUGAUUGGUCCAGUCGUAAUGCUUUUUUGUCCUGUUGCACAAACCUUGUUCAAUGCAAACCGCCUGAUGUGGUAGAUUCAAUACUUGAGGAGUUUAUUCAUUUGGAAUCCUCGAAUAUUUCUGUUUGCCUAUCAUCACUUCAAUCAUGAAAUACAUUUUAUAACCCUGUAUCAUAUAGAAAAACGUUUUUGAUAUUGUCAUGAUCUGUGAAUGAACUUUGGCUAAAUGGAUUUGUUUAUUUUUAAUCAGUAUACACCUCAAGUAUCAAUUCCACAAUAAACCUUACUAUCUGUUGUGACCUACUCUGUGAAAUACUAGAUUAUUAUAACUGUUAGUUUCUUCGGAACCAAACAAAAUGAUUAUAGCUUCUCAAAAAGGCCUGCAAUUGCUCAGUAUGGAAGUCCUGUUUCUCAAAAAUUGUUGUUUGCUGUGUUUAAAAGUGGUUUACUCUGAUGUGAUGUUUUGCGAAUUGAUUUCUUAAUUACGAUAUUUCUUGACCAAUCACUUGUUUAUAAUGUUUCAACCUUAUUUAUCAGUUUCACUUACUUCCACAAAUGUUGUCCUUUGAAAUUAGACCGACAAAUGUUAAUGAUUUUGGCUUGUAAAGUGCCUUGGAAUGUUUGACAUAUAGGGUCAAUAUAGACUAAAACGUGAUAUCUUUGAAGCAUGACAUAACCUUCUAUGAACGAUAUGAGUUUGCUACAAAACUUCGUUCAGAGCCGUAUCAACUCUCAUUUUUCUGGCUAUCAGAUUAUCAAUAUUUCAC